CCACGAGUCAGGCGCGCCACCGGGCAGCCCUGUUAAGGACCCCCGGUCGCCCUCACGCCGGGUGAUGCAACCGGGGCCUGCGGCGGGGCCGCGCGGCGCGCGGGAACGUGCACGGGCGGGAGCGCGGCCGGCGGGUACCGGGAGCGCGGGCACGGCGCGCCUGCGGGAGCGCGCAGCUCGGCCCAGCCGGAGCCCGCCGUGACGGACGGCCCGAACACCCCGCCAGGAGCGCCGGGAGCCGGCACAGGCCGCGCCGGUGCCGUGCAGCGCGGGUGUGGAACAACGCCGUGGCUGCGGGAAGGGGAGCGGGCCCGGUGAAAGGCACACCGACGGCAGGAGGCUCAGGGGGCCGGGCUCAGGGUUUGUGGCUGUGCGGGUUUAUUUGGGGUGUCCUGGGGGUGCGGUGCAGAAAGGCACCCGGGGGGAGGCCCGAAGCACGGUGUCCGUGUAUGUACCGAAAGGAGCACAUCGAUCGCGGAGUCACGUGUUAUAACCUGUGUUAUACGUGUAUUAUAACCUGUGUUAUAGCAUCUGUUAUACCUGUGUUACAACCUAUGUUAUAAUCUGUGUUAUAACCUCUGCUGGCCAUCGGCAUGCGGAGAUCUUUCUAACUUCAGCCUUUUUCUUGUUACUGUCUUUAUAGACUGGGUGCUUAUUGUUAGGGAAAGCAUGUGGAUGUGAGAGCUGCCCCAACAAACGAACAACCUGAAUGUUUUGUAAUGAAACAGGAAAAAAUCCCACCAAGCACUUGCUGUUUCCAGAGUUGGUUAUGACAUAAAUGCUUUAUAAAUUGAAUAAAAUCCCUAAUCCAAUGAUGAGAGCCAGGUUAGAGGUUCACCAGAGAGUAAAGGUCAAAUUCCUAACCCUUCCCUGUGGGAAAUUAAGCGGACCUCUUCAUGGGAGCCUCUUACAGGCACAGAAAUGUUGCUGAUAGUAUUUCCUCCGCGGUCAGGGAAGCAGGUUUCAAUGCAGGUAACGAGUUAUCUCAAAUUCCUGUGUGUUGUGCCAGCAGCAGUGGCUUUGUCCGUUUAAAAACGCGUUUGUUCUCAGAUUUAGCCUGGCUUUGCAGGUCAAAAAAAGCAGGUUUGGGGCAGACAACCACGUGACUGAAAUGUGAUGAUGGAAAUCCUUGUGAAACUGGUGUGCCUUGUUUAACAAUGGUUGUGACCUCCCACUUUCACCAAUGCUACUAUUUCCAUGCUUUCCUGAGCCAAGAGGUAGGAGUGAGUUCUGCUGGAUAGACCUAGAGCAAACGCAUUGCCACUGUUAUUGACCUGAAGAAAUUAACAGAAACACAUUGUAAGAAACCUUCCAGUAUCUAUGAUGGUGUUGCCAGUGACAAAAUGUAUUUUGUCUUGCAACUCAACCAUGUCAUAUAUUGGUCUGGAAAAUAAAUUUUCAUAUUUAAUCUUUUAUCAGGCCACAUGGUGUUUUCAAUUUUGUAUUUAAUACCUCACUUCUGGGAAAAACAACUGAGAUACACGAGGUGUAGUGGGAACAUGAUGCAAUACUUGGUUAUAGUUGCCUCAAUGUUCACACAUGUAUAAUCCCUCUUUUAUGAAAAUGAACUGAAAAUACUGGACUCUGUAGUUACUUAGCUGUUUAAAUUAUGCAAUAAAUACAGUGCAGUGUGUGUAAAAUUAUGGAAAUAGUUUUUGUCACAUUUGAAACAGGCUUUAAAAAGGACUUAAUCCUUGCCAAACACCCUGUCAGAAAUAUAAAAAAAAUACACAAACUGUUGCUUCUAUUUUAAUAAUGAGAUUGUACGUUUUACAUAUACUGAAGUACUCUUGCUAUUUUGAUUCACUUAUUUGGAAAUGUUUGUAGUAUAAAGAAAACCCAGAAAAGUCUAAAGUCUGCAAAUAUCUAAUUAUUGUAGGAUCACAGAAUGAUUUAGGUUCUAAGGGACAUCAAAGAUAUUGAGUUAAAAUCUUCCUGCCAUGGGCAGAAACACCUUUCACCAUCCCAGGUUGCUCAGAGCCCCAUCCAGCCUGGCCUUGAACACUUGCAGGGAAGGGGCAUCCACAGCUUCUCUGAGAAACCUGUGCCAGUGCUUCACCACCCUCACAGUAAAGAAUUUCUUCCUAGCACCUAAUCUCAACCUGCCCUCUUUCAGUUUAAAGCCAUUCUCCCUUGUUCUGUUACUACAUGCCCUUGUGAAAAGUCCGUUUUCCAGCCUUAUUUUGGGCCCUCUUUAAGCACUGGAAGCUUCUAUAAGGUUUCCUCAGAGCCUUCUCUUGUCCAGGCUGAACAACCCCAACUAAAAUAGGUUUGAGGUCCUCUUCUGUGACAGUGUGUAGGAGAGACCUGAAGAUCAUCUCACACCUCAGCUUGACACAAAAUUGCAGACAGCAAAAUGACAGUCAGGUGAUUCAUGGCAGGGGACGUGGAAGGGUUUAGCUCCUCCAUCCAUGACACCAGUGUCUCUGCAGGAUUCAGAGCACUGUAUGAGGAGGGAUUGCUUCUUGAUGUCACACUUGUCAUUGAAGACCACCAAUUUCAGGCCCAUAAAGCACUGCUUGCCACCCAGAGUGAUUACUUCAGGAUUAUGUUCACAGCAGACAUGCGAGAACGAGAUCAGGACAAAAUCCAUUUGAAAGGUCUGACAGCUACAGGCUUCAGUCAUGUCCUCCAAUUCAUGUACUAUGGAACUAUUGAACUGAGUAUGAACACUGUUCAUGAAAUCCUUCAGGCUGCCAUGUAUGUCCAGCUUAUAGAGGUGGUAAAGUUUUGCUGCUCUUUCCUCUUAGCUAAAAUCUGCUUAGAAAACUGUGCAGAAAUUAUGAGACUUCUGGAUGAUUUUGGUGUAAACAUCGAAGGAGUCAGGGAAAAAUUGGAUUCCUUUCUGCUAGAGAAUUUUGUGCCACUCAUGUCCAGACCUGACUUUCUUUCAUAUCUGAGCUUUGAGAAGCUCAUGUCUUACUUGGAUAAUGAUCAUCUGAGCAGGUUUCCAGAGAUAGAGCUGUAUGAAGCUGUUCAGGCCUGGCUACGCCAUGAUAGAAGACGCUGGAGACAUACGGACACCAUCAUUCAGAACAUCAGGUUUUGUUUGAUGACACCAUCCAGUGUUUUUGAGAAGGUAAAAACAUCAGAGUUUUACCGAUACUCCCGGCAGCUGCGACAUGAGGUUGACCAAGCCAUGAAUUACUUUCAUAGCGUUCACCAACAGCCUUUGAUGGAAAUGAAAUCGAACAAAAUUCGUUCUGCCAAACCCCAGACUGCAGUAUUUAGAGGAAUGAUAGGACACAGUAUGGUAAACAGUAAAAUUCUUCUCUUGCACAAACCGAGGGUCUGGUGGGAACUAGAGGGUCCUCAAGUACCUUUACGACCAGACUGCCUCGCCAUUGUCAAUAACUUCGUGUUCUUGUUAGGUGGGGAAGAGCUGGGGCCAGAUGGCGAGUUCCAUGCUUCAUCCAAAGUGUUUAGGUAUGACCCAAGACAGAACACUUGGUUACGAAUGGCAGACAUGUCUGUGCCACGCUCUGAGUUCGCUGUCGGAGUGAUUGGCAGGUACGUUUAUGCAGUGGCUGGCAGAACCAGGGAUGAAACGUUUUACUCCACUGAACGCUAUGACAUUACUGAAGAUAAAUGGGAAUUUGUGGAUCCCUAUCCAGUCAAUAAGUACGGACAUGAAGGGACUGUGCUUGGUAACAAGUUGUAUAUCACUGGUGGAAUUACAUCAUCUUCAACUUCUAAGCAAGUGUGUGUGUUUGAUCCCAGUAAAGAAGGGACGGUAGAGCAGCGAACACGGAGAACUCAAGUGGUCACUAACUGUUGGGAGAACAAAUGCAAAAUGAAUUAUGCGAGAUGCUUUCACAAAAUGAUUUCUUAUAAUGGUAAGCUUUAUGUCUUUGGUGGUGUCUGUGUGAUCCUGAGAGCUUCCUUUGAAUCUCAGGGAUGUCCAUCCACAGAGGUUUAUGACCCCGAUACCGACCAAUGGACUAUACUGGCUUCUAUGCCAAUAGGUAGGAGUGGUCAUGGUGUAGCUGUUCUGGACAAGCAGAUAAUGGUUCUUGGAGGCCUUUGUUACAAUGGUCAUUACAGUGAUUCAAUUCUCACUUUUGAUCCAGAGGAAAACAAAUGGAAAGAAGAUGAAUAUCCAAGGAUGCCGUGCAAGCUGGAUGGCUUACAGGUCUGCAGCCUGCACUUCCCUGAGUAUGUUUUGGAGCAUGUUAGACGUUGCAGCUAAAACAGAAUGAACAACCCAGUCAAAUACAAAAGAGCUAUACUAAUUUGUUGAAAAAAAUUACAAACCAAUUGAAUUCCUGCAGAGACUUUUCCUUCUGUAUAAGAACAAUGGCCAAAUGCUCAAGAGAAACAGGAUGUACAGGCAGUGUACUUACCAAGUUUAUUAGAAAAGGUGAUAGUUGGUCUGACCUUGUGAAAAUUUUGUUGUUUUUUUUUUAAUAAAUGUAAUUGUAAGUAUGAGAAAAAAAUAUAUUUUUGAGUCUGCUUUUUUUUGGUAACAUUUUAUGUCCACGAUGUGUUCUGGUUUUUUUAAUGGCCAUUAUACCACUAUGCUUUUGAAAUAAGUUCAGUUUGACAAAAAUAUUUGUGAAAGGAAGACAAGAAAGAUGUUACUUUCAUUUUUUAUUGAGCAUCAAAGUACAGCUCAUCACAUGUACUUGGGUACAGCCAGGUAUAAAGUAACAAGCCAACCAUUUCUGUAUUUUAUGUUGUCUUUUAGAUGCUUUUCCUAUUGACUGCAAAGUACUCUCAAAUCUACUAGGUGUUUUUGUUUCCCCUUAUUUACUUUGGAAAAUGAUUUUAACCCUUUUGCAUGACCCUUUUCCUGGUUUUGUAUGGCUGUACCAGUAAGUCUGCCAAAAUGCAAAUUACACAUUUUCUACUAAAUUGAAAACAAAGCAUUUUUAUAUUCAAAAUACUAUUUCUAUGCUGCCUUCUAUUGUCUGUGUUGUGUUUGUUGGUGAGUAAAAAGAUGUAUACACACAUGUGCAUACACUGUAAAAACUGUAUAUAAAUGCAUCUUUUUAUGUGCAGUUACAAUAUUAUAUUUUAACUAGUGCACAGAUUCAGCCAUAUCUGUUGAAUUUAGGGUAUUCUUUCAUGAGCUAAAUAGUUCAAAGUUCUGAAGUGAAACUGGAAGCCUCAUUUGGUAUCAAAGUAUCUUUAGUAUAUACUGAUUGAUCCAGUAACCUUAAAGUCUUUAUAUUGUUGCUACAUAAUGAACUGUUGGUUAUUUGUUAUUUUAUAAAUUAUUUUUUAAAAAGUAAACUCAUUUUACCUGAGUUUCUUUGUGGUUUCAAUGUGCUGCCCAGUUUUCUUUUUUUGUUGAAAUUGAAAAUGUCAAUAAGCAAAUGCUCAGCACUGCUGUAACCCACAGUUAUUUUUGGAACUGGAUACUGGAUAUGCUACAGUUUAUUGUCAAUACUUUAUUAUACUCACACUUCAAUAUGAGUACUCAUAUUGAAGUGGUAUAAUAUUAUUAUUAUUAUUAUUUAAUUAAUAACUGGUAAGAACUACUGUGUUUGGAAAAUGUGGAGUUAGGUGAUUGGUUUGUUAGUAUAAUUUCUGCUUCCUUUAUAAAAACCUACACAACUAUGGCUACUGACCUUGGAGUGCCUGAAUAGAGAUGGCUGGUCCAAGAGGGCUUUGACUAUUCCAUUGUGCUAACUUGCAGGUAUAAAUGACAGUAAAUGGAUAAGAAUUAUCUGCCGAGACAUAAAUAAUAACAGUAACUGCAUUUGGACUGUCUUUGUGGAUGUAAAUUAGCCACUUCUAGAACCCACAGGAGAGAUCUGGUGAAGCUGAAGGCUCACAUGUAGUUCAGAUGCUGAAACAUGAGCUGCAUAUUUUGUAAAAUCUUAUGCUGCUGUGUUUCAUUUUAAGCAAUAGACUUUACUUUAUAUGCAGCAAUGCAAAACCACUUUAUUCAGCAUCUUCCAGUCAGAAUUCACUGUAGAAAAGGAAUGUACAGUACUCAGGGAGUUCAAAAGAAUGCACUUACAAAGGGACCAAAAUCACCCUAAAUUUUCUAUAUAAAAAUAACAUCUGCUUGUGUAAAUGAAAUUUCAAAUAAUAGAAGUUAAAACAAUGUGUAAAACUUCUCAUAUUGUGUUCCUGUAUCUUUGUAGGAAUUAUGUUUUGGGUUGAAAUGUGAGUAUUUGGAGCUAUAUGGCAAGUCAGCAGAUUUUUUAGGGUUUGUUUAUUGUUAGAAAUUAUUUAUUAAUUGAGUAUAGUCAUAUGUUUUAAAAGGAGGAGGGAAUGUUUGCCAUCAUAGCUGUAGUGAUAAAUUAUUUACACCAGAAGGGACUGGACCAAAUAUUGAUAUUCAGCCUUCUGAUGCAGACUAGUUUGCAGCUAAAUUUGUCUUUUUUAAUAAGAAUUCAGUUUACUGAAUUAGAAAUCUAAUUUACUUUCUUGAUAGCCUAACUUAAAAAAAUGUGGCUUACACUAAAACCUCAGUUUCACUGUGAGACGUGUGUACAUCACCUUACAUGGGGAGAGAGAAACUGACUCUGGUAGGUGCUGGCUGUGUGCUGACUGUACAUAGUUCAUGGAAUAUUGGAGCACAAGAGGAAAAAAAACAGGUUGAGGGAUUUUUGUUUGUUUGUUGCGGUUGGGGUUUUUUUUGUUCAUUUGUUUUGGUGCUUUUGUUAUUAUUUUUUUUGUCACCAGCUCAUUUCUUAAUGGGGCAGCAAGCUGAUCCUAUGUGAGGCAGCUGUCAAGGGCACGUUACAUAGAGUAGAGCACUUCACUUUAUGUGGGGCCAGUGCCAGUGUGGGGAGCAGCCCUGGCUCUGGGUAUCUGGUGUUCAGGAGUCAGAUAUCUAAGAGACAUGGCCAAGAUUUUAUUAAAAGUAGUGAUAAGGAUAGGGGUGUCUCAAGUUACAUUUUUGAGACUGCAUUUAAGCACCCUCUGAAACUCUGUGCACUCAGCAGCUGCCACUAAAGUCAUUGGUGAGUGCUGACACUUGAAAAAUGAAGAACCAGAUGGGUUUUGGUGCUCUGCUUUUAAGCUCAUGUUUAUCUUCAGAUGCCCAGUUCUGAAAGAUCUUGUUCAGGAUUGUAGUUGUAGUUCAGUGAAAUUAUAAUUGAACUGUUGGUUUCAGCUUCCCUGAAGCUGUGUCUCCAUUGAGAGGUUGGCUGUAAGCUUUCCAGCAUUAGGGAUGCUUGGAAUUUGCUUGGGAUUAGAAUGGUGGGGAUAUGUGAGAAUGUUUUGUCAGUUUACGUAUCUACUGUGCUUUCAUUGUUUCAGACCUGAAAUAUAAAAAUUACCUUCACUUCUCCUUUAUACUGUAAUGGAACUUUUGAAACAGUUACUUUGCAGUUACUUUGGUUACUUGGAGGGAUAUUUUUAAUUGUUUUUUUUUUUUUUUAUGUUUGCUCUUAGUAUUUCACUCCAGAUGAUUUAGUACCUUAAUAGGAACAAACCUAAGAUGGUUAAUAAGAAUUGUCUGUUACUAUCAAAUUUGGAGCAUUAUGGUCAGAUUAAGAUGGGUUUUAAAAAACAUUUUCGUGCUUCUCAUUUGUCAAGGAAUAGCUAAGUUAUGAUCUUUGGUUAUUAGAUUAGGGGAGGUACUCCUAUUCCCAUCCCAUAAUGGAAUACCAGCAAAUCUAAUGUCACCCACAUAUUUAAAAUGCAACAUAUGACUUGCUUUGAAAAGCAAAUGUACUUGCCUUUUUUUAGAAAAGUGGACAUAAUGAGUUACAAUCUAGGGGUUUUUUUUUCACAUCUAUAGAAAAAAUAUAUCAGCUUCAUUUCUUAAUUUAGCAACCAACUUCAGGAAGAAAUUUUCUUUUCAAACGAGACAAUGGACAAAAAGCACAGUGUUCCUGAAAAGGGACUGGAUACUGCCAGUUCCCAUUUCACAUGCUCCUAGGUCUGGUUUUAGGGGACAGAUUUUUUUUUUAAUAAGUACUGCAUAAAGAAAAAAAUAGCUCGCUUUCUACCACAAAGCGUUGGUAGUUUCAUUGUGGGGAGGCAUCAGCUGGCAAAAAGAAACUUUAGGUAUUUUUUUCCCCAUGAAUUCAGCUGGAAGAAGACCUUGGUUUUGCAGAGGUCCUGCUGUUUCAGAAAGCACUGCUAGCAAGUGGCAGCAUAUGAGCUACCUGGCAACCUGCUUUUAUGUUACUUCUGAAAAAUGUGGAUGCCCUACUUCUGCAGUGUGAUAGCUGUCCUGUUAGAACGAGCUCUGAGGGUUUGACUGCAACACUUCCCUGGUUCCUGAGCUUUGCAGCUGUUGAUUCUUGAGGCCCUCUAGCUUUAGAAUCCCAAGUGCUGCAUUUCCUCAUGCUGAGAAUAUGGUACCUACUUGUGUCAGGGAUGAAGCUUCACUUGACACUCAGGAAACAAAGAUAAAAUUCAGCAGGUGCAAAUUGAAACUGAUGUAAAAAACCCUAUUGCUUAACUCAUGAUGUCCAUUCUUUAGCAAAGGGAGGGUAAGCAUUGUGGGGAGACACUAACAUUUCUUUAAAAUAAACUUGUAGUUUGUGUCAGCCUGCAUUUGUCAAAGUCUAUUUAGAAGUAGUUGCAUUUGUAGAGAUAUUUUGCCUUUUUAAUAUACUUUUUCUUAAAAAAAUUAAUAGUGAAUUGGGCCUCAGAUUCUUCUAACACUUCAGAUGUGGACUUCACAUAUGUGAAUAGUCCAAUACAAAGAAACAGAAAACUCUAAGAUAGUUAAAGGAAAACAUGUAAGCACAUGUGUUACUCAGCCUGUGCUUAAGAGUUUAUAGGGUCGGGGCCAUCAAAGAAAACAGCCCUCCUGCUAAUAAAUAUAUAUAUAUAUAUAGGUGGUGAAGUUACUUGAAUAAGCAUCUGUCACACGUGGCAGGGUUUACCGAAGGAGAGUAGGAAAGAACAUAACUGGAAAACACAUCAUCUGUUUAAACAGAGCUUGCUGGUGUCCUGUAGCUAACAUUCUGAGAUUUUCAUGUUUGUUAAACAACUAAAAGCUGCUUGAAAUAAAUGCUAAUGACUACUUUUGCAUCUAUAUUCUAUUUUUGAAAGUUGGUGAGUAACUUGAAAAUUUCCCUUUUGUGUGGGUAAACUUCAUAAAACAGUUGUGUGUGGCAUGUGGCGGAAAAACUAAUUUGUUUUGAGCACAGCUUUCCUGUGUGUCCCUCUACUAAUUUUUUUACACUUCUCUAAGUUCAAUUUAUGUAAUCUUUUAAAAAUAGCUUUCAAAAAUCAAUUUUAAAUACUUAUUGGAUUAAUAUUAUGUUGGUAGCUAGGGGGAAAUAAUUUCUAUUUGCCAAUAGUGUUUAUUUAUGGCUCUGGUAGAAAAAUCUUACUGUAAGUCUAGGAAAUGAAGUGCUCUGUAGGACUGUAAAGUUAGCUAUAUUUAGGGGGGCUUUUAUUACCUCAGAGGGACCCACCUAACUUUUAUGUCAGUGUUGGAGCAGGUGAAGGGAAGAGUGAAUUAUGUUUUUAUGUUAAAUAUUUUUCCCUACAUAUUGUUAUUUUUGUAGAUCUUUCUAAAAUAAAUUAUUAUAUGCUGGAGAUUGCAAUUCCACUAUAAUAUCCCACAAUUCCAGUGUACAAUAUCAGAUUGUUUGUAUUGAAAAGAAUGUAUUUGAUAAGUUAACAGGAAAAGUUAUUUUCAAAUUGUACUGUGUUUGUGUCUAGCUAUUGGAAAUACUUUUCCUAUAGAAAAUCAAAAUUAUAUGUAUAUGUCCUCAUAUAUACAUUUGGAUUACCUGUCUAAUGAUUACCCUAGGACUACUAUAAACUUAUCUAAAUAAUUUAAGAAUUGCCUCUUUUUAACUGUUUUAAAGCAUUUUUUCUUGUCCUUUUUUUUUUGGCAGAAAGUAAUUUUCCCUUGCUAUGGAUACAGUAUGCUCAGACUUGCAUAUGUGCUCUGUUUGGGUUUCAAACUGAAAAAAAUGUAUAAAAUGUGUAUAAAGAAAAGUGUAAAUAAAAUAUUUUUAAUCUUUAAA